UUAGAAAUAGGUAAAUGUGUAGCUUCUCACUUCUCGUGUUAAGAUGUCUUCUCAUUAGAAUCCGACCAUAUAUAUUAAUAACAUAUAUUGUAUUACCAUAGUUAGAAUAUAUUCCUUUUGUAUAUAUCCCUGUAAUAUCUCCUUUGAUUUGAUUUGUAUUUACAUAGUUUCCUUAUUUGUUAGCAUUACUCUUGUAUAAAUAGGAUCUCAAUGUAAUCAUUCUACUCACAGAAUAACACGUAUUCCUUCAUGGUAUCAGACUUCCUCCUUUGAUCCUUCAUUUUUUUUCCCUUCGUUGCUCUCUGCCAUGGCUGGUGAAUCAGUCCCUAAGCAGCUAAUUCAUCCAGCCCUCGCCAUUCACAAUAUAAAAUCCCUCAUUCCAAUUACUCUCGAUCUCAAGGCCGAUGAGUAUUCUUCUUGGGUUUUCUUGUUCCAUCUUCACCUUGAGGCUCACAAUCUCAUGUUACUGGUGGACGGCUCUGACCCUCCCAGCGGCAUCGAUGAGCCCACUCGGAAACAGCUGGAUGCACUCGUUCGUCAAUGGAUGUUUUCCACAAUGACAAAAGACCUGAUGCUCACAGUCCUCAAAUCCAGUACCACAGCUCAAGCUCUAUGGGAACGUCUCCGUACUCUGUUUCAAGACAAUAAGGGGACCCGGGCUGCCAUCUUGGAGUGACAGUUUGUUAAUCUCAAAUUCACGGACUGCAAAGGCGUGGAUGACUACUGUGAUCGGCUUAAUACUCUAUCCGACCGCCUUCGUGACCUUGAAUUUCCGAUGGACGAAAGACGACUGGUCAUCCAACUCAUUAAUGGUCUGCCUACAGAGUAUGACAAUGUAGCUUCCUCCAUCUCCCAGUCUAUGUCGAGUUUUGAGACCGCUCGCUCUCAGCUUCGAACCGAGGAACAGCGUCGAGCGCAGCAGUCCCUCACCCCUCCAACUGCUCUGGCCGUCUCGGAACCCCAGUCUGCUCGCGAUUCGACACCCUCUGCUAUGGUGGCUUCACAUCCUCAUCGUCAGGUGCGGGGUGCCGGGAAUCAUGGACGCCGGAGUUCCAGCCAUGAGACAGAUCGUAGGGAUCCGCAUCGCAGGGAUGUUUCUCGAGACCAGUUCGCCACUACUCCUCUUAUGCCUGGGCCGCCUGAAUAUCAACCCUGGCCUAUUGGGCCACCUUAUUGGGCUUUACCACCAUGCCCCUAUCCUACGGUUCCAGCCCCUUCCUAUUGGGCAGCUCCUACUCCCUAAUUUGGCUCAUUUGGCCCAAGUUCAUCUAGACCCCAUCCGCCGGCGGCCAAUACUCCAAAAAAUAAAAAUAUUGCACUCACUACGGAGACUUUGCAACCAAGUGAUAUUGCCGAGGCAUAUAGCUCUAAGACUUUAACUCAACCAUCUGAUGAUUCUUUUUAUAUGGAUACGGGAGCCACCUCACAUCUCACGACGGAUUCAGGUUAUUUGUCUUCUGUUUUAAAUAAAAGCAUUGUACGUUCUGUUUUAGUUGGAAAUGGCAAUUGUAUUCCAGUGGUCGCCAGUGGCACCAAAACCACAGCCCUUCCCAAUCGCAACUUAUAUCUUAAAAAUGCCUUUGUUACCCCUGGUAUUAUUAAAAAUCUCAUAUUCGUCCGUCAAUUCACCAUUGAUAAUAAUUUUUCUGUCGAAUUUGAUCCUUCUGGUUUUUCUGUGAAGGACUUGAAUUCGGGGACCCUUGUUAUGAGAUGCAAUAGUUCCGGGGAGCUCUACCCUCUUACAAUAAGUGCUCAGUCACCUCGCCCUGUGUCUCACCCUCUCUCACUUGCUGUUGUGUCAACUGAUAUAUGGUAUAGUCGUCUUGGACAUCCUAGCGCUGCUAUCAUAGAUUCUUUACGUAGUCAAUCUUUAAUUAAUUGUAAUAAGGAGGCUACCUCCAAAUUGUGUCAUUCAUGCCAAAUUAGUAAACAUGUUCAGUUACCUUUCUAUCCAUCUGGCUCCAAUACCAUUG